AUGGUGGAGACAUUGGUCAGCAUCCGUGCCAAGUACCUCUUGUCUACCAUGCAGUUCUUAAUGGUCGUUCCUGAACGGCCGAAUGUGCGGAAGCAGUCGGCAAAGUUUGUGACGUUCGAAGACAUUACCAUGGCCCAGGCGCAGGUGCUGCAUGAUGUUGUGACUUUCAUGUGUCGCAACGAGUUCAAGGAAACCCAUGACUACAUUGUGGAGCUGGAGUCUCGUUUCAUGAUGCAGCACCCUGAAGCGGACGUGUUGACGUGGAGCGCCAUGUGGUCGAAUGUUCUUCAGAAGAUCCUUGCCAGCCACAGCAAGCACUGCAAGAACCAGAAAGGUGGUAGUGAGAACAGUAGCAGCGCUGGCAGCGCUGGCAGUGAGACAUGCGAUUUCAAGAAGCUGCUGCCGCCUCCCAACACAAUCGUGCCCAAAACACGAUUCCGCGACGGCGCGGCCGACCCAGCGGCAGCGGGAGGUGUCAAGGACGAGCCAGAGUCAAGCGUUCCGGGCCAGGCUCAGGCUGCAGCUGACCCUGAUCCAGAUCCUGAACCCAAGAUCCUGUACUUCACCGAGAUUUACACAGCUGGCAGCGGCAACAAGAAGGAUGCAGUGCACACAUUGGAUGUCCUGGCGGUGCAGGCGCAAAUCCAGCACACGUUGCUGAUGCGAGCGGGGCGCCGGUCUUCGCGGGCGCUGCUGGAUGUCAUUUAUUCUGACUCCCGCAGCGCGGCGGUCAUCAAGGGGGAGAGUCUGUCCGAAACUCUGGCUGACGCAAGGCUCUUUGCCUUCGGCACGGUCAGUACUGAGCAGGGACCCAAGUCCGUGAAGGUGGGGCAUGCCAUGUUUGGGACCAUGAAGGUGGACUUUUGGCUGGCUGCUGAAGGAUUUCAAAAACUUACAUCGCUCUGUCCGUGUGCAGUGUGGUUCAUGAAGGCUUCUGGCGACGCCAAGAAGGCAAUGUUCAGUGGCCAGGACCUGGAGGAAAGAAUGGAGUGCUCCGAUGCGCCCCUAGGCCAGCACAUAGUGGUAGUGGUAGUGAGUGCGAACAUUGCCAGGCAUGGAGGCAAAUGCACAGUGAUCAUGAACUUCCCGUUCGUGUCUUUUCGGAAGGAGGCGUUGAAAGAGGAGAGGCAGCCGCAGGGGGAGAUCUUGUGUACCAGGACGUUCAUGCCUUUGGAGAAUAAGGCAACGACGGGAGCCAAGAAAACGCAGACAUCGCAGCUUCAGAUCGGUGGCCAUGUGUUCAAGAAGAGCAGCGAUGAGCAGGGUGCCAAACAGGAGAAGUCAGCGGAGCUGCUUCUCGCCGUGCAAGGUGUUCAGCCAAAGCAUUGCAACCACUUAUUGAAAUGA